GAAGAGGAGGAAGAAGUAACAGAGGUAACUCUGGAAGAGGAAUCCAAAGAGGCCGUGGACAAGGGAAACAGAUGAGGGGUAGAGGAGGAAGGGAUGGAAGGGGAGGAAGGGGAGGUUUUAGAGGAAGAGGAGACAACAGAGAGGAACUGUCACAGAUUCGUAACCGUCCUCAACCACUGAUAGAUCUCCCAAUCCCUCCCCCAUUGCAACAUUCAAACCCAUAUCCAGAUGUAAACAGUCAGACCGCCCAGCCAAUGAUGGGACAGGCUCCCUUAACCCGACCACCAGCAGGGCCAUAUCAACAGUAUCUUCAACCUCCUGGACAAUGGGCCCAACCACAACCAGGCCCCUUUUACCAACAGGAUCAUGCGUCUCAAUACCCACAGCAACUUGGUAGGGAGGGACCUUUUCCUCAAACUAGACCAGGCCCCUCUUACCAACAGGAUCAUGAGUCUCAAUACCCACAGCAACUUGGUAGGGAGGGGCCUUUACCCAAAACUAGACCAAAGAAACAGACAAAUAAAGACCAGAAAGCACCCGUUGAAAAAAAUACCGAUGAAAUUUGUAUGCAUAAAUUUCGAAAGUGCCAACAGGGUGACAAAUGCGGAAAACACCAUCGACCAAUGAUCUACCAAUGGCAGCAUACAGAGACUGAUGUACAAGGACAGCAGUCAUGGAAAGACUUUGAUAAUGCCACCAACACUGAACUGGAGAAGACGUACUCUGACCCGGGAGAAGAAUGUUGUCCUGUUGCCUACAGGAAAGGAGAUCUUGUCCGUGUCAGUUUUGAGGAAAUGACAGGCUUGAGCAAGAAGACCAAGAUCUCAGUGCGGCGACUGUCUACUCCGUCAUCCAGUUCUCCCAGGAUGCAACCUUCACUGUAUAAGUGGGCAACUCAAUGGCGAUGGUACUGGGAAGACGAUUCUGGAACUUGGAUGGAAUAUGGCAAAACGGGCACCGGCGGAUAUACCACCGAGACCAACAGUGACAGUAUAGAGAGUGCAUACCAACAAGACACAAAUGGAUCCCUCGACUAUGGAACGACUGGGUUCAGAUAUAAGCUGAUGUUUGAUCAAAUGAUGCAGACAAAUAUGUCCACUUCUAAAGGACGACGCGUCAGAAGACGGCCUCAGUUCGUCACCAAGGAAGAGCUUGGAAAGAGGCCAAAUUUUGACCCCCGCAGGAAGAAGCAGUUAUGUCCACGAGGGUGGAGCAUUGGUCAAACAAAUGAGGAGAAGUUGUUCAAGCAUUACAGCAAAAUGAUGAUCAGCAACACUACUGAUGAGUUCCAGAAGAUAGCGAACCUGUUCCUUGAAACUCUGCCAAACAAGACGAUAGUCUCACUGGAGCGCAUAGAAAAUGGAGAACUUUGGAUGAAUUUUGAUGGACGGAGAGAAAAGAUGGAGAGGCGAACUGGAAAGCCUGCAGCAGAACGACAACUGUUCCAUGGAACAACGGAGGAAACGGUAGAAGCCAUAUCAAAGGAAGGGUUUGAUUUUCGUUUUAGCGCCACGAGGGUAGGUGCUAUACACGGCGCAGGCAGCUACUUUGCAAGAGAAGCAAAAUAUUCGGAUUCCUAUGCAGAGCAAUCUGCGGGUGUAAAGAGAAUGUUCGUGGCACAAGUACUGGUGGGGGAGUUUACACAGGGGAGCCGAGAUCUCCGGCGACCGCCCCCCAAGAGUCCUGAUAAUCGACAUGACUUGUUCGACUCCUGUGUGGAUGAUGUGAAUGAUCCAAAAAUAUUCGUCAUCUUCACAUUAGAUCAGGUCUACCCACAGUACAUCAUCACAUAUAACUGAUUGUGAAGCCCAUUUCUGGUGUCCCCCGCCGUGAUAUAGCUGGAAUAUUACUAAACGCGGCGUAAAACUAAACUCACUCACACUUACUAUUUUUUUAUAUAUUCUAUUGUACUUAUUUUUAUAUAUUCUAUUGUACUUGCUUUUAUAUAUUCUAUUGAACUUAUUUUUAUAUAUUCUAUUGUACGUAUUUUAAGCACAUAUUGUCUAAUGUGUGCGUGUGUGCUUACAAAGUCCUAUAUAUAUUUACAUAUGUCAUGUUAUACCUUCUUUUGUAUAUGUAGUUUUGUGCUUGGUUUCAUACACUUACUUAGAUUCUUAUGUGUAUUUCUGUUCCGAAAUGUUUUAAUGGCUUUCAGUAUAUUAAUUCCUUAUAUAUGAGAUACACCUUGCAGGUAUAACUAGAAUUCCUAUCCCAUAAUUAGCAGGUGAGACACACCUUUGCAGGUUUAUAAUGCCGAAUAUUUAUCGCAUGGAAGACAAAUCUUGCAUGUGCAUACUGAAGAUUACAUUUCCCCACACCAUCUUUUUUAUGCUUUUCACCCCCAGGUAUUUGGAUUUACUUACGCAUACUUAUAUAUAUUCACUGUCUAAUGUGUACUUACAUGUACAUGUAUAUGUAAAGUCUUCUAGUUAGCCUACUUAUGCUUGUCUUCUUUCGUAUGUGUUGUUGUGUACUUUGUUACAUGUACUUGCCUACUUUCUGAUGUGUAUGUGUUCAUACGUAUACAUACUUUCGUAUUUGAUCACUUCACCGUCCUUUUUAUAUACUCUCCCAAAAUAGAAACGCAUUUGCCACAACAGCUAUUGAAGGCAACGCCCAAAUGGGAAGGGAGUUUUUAUAAGCUAUACAUGUUGAUAAGGCUUUCUAUCUUUUAUACUCAGAAAUGUGGCUGCGACGUUACAUGUAUUAUCUCACUUUAAAGUUAGCAGAUUAAUUUCGUGAAAAUAAAAUAAUGCGUUUCUUUUUUGGGAGAGUAUAUGUUCCAUUGGGCACUCUUUAUAAUGGCAACUGCUUGUUCUCAAAGUCAUGUAUAUUAGACACACCUUGCAACUGAAUGUAGCAGGAUCCCUACCCCAGUCCCUACUUAUGACAGAUACCUUGCAGGUGUAUAAUGUAGAACAUUAUCCCAGGAAAGUACGUGAUCUAGACUACCGUUGUCAUUUCGUGGAAGCCGCGUAGGCUGAGUGCGUUAGAUCACUGACGUUGUGUGCUGGGGACUAGAUGUCUCACUUCGAGUAUGGUUUCAAGGUCCGGAUGGGACUCAACCCCAAAAAGAACAUGAAUCUCUACUUUACUGAGAAAGUGUAAUCCCAAAUAUAACAUAUGUAGUAUAUCCCCAACACUUGCAUAUGAAACACACCUUGCAGGUGUAUAUACAGAAUACGUACAGCUCUACCUUCAUAUGAAGACGCACCUUGCAGGUGUAUAUGCAGAAUACGUAUACGUCUACCUUCAUAUGAGACACACCUUGCAGGUGUAUAUGCAUAAUAUAUGUCCGUCUCCUUGCAUAUGAGACACACCUCGCAGGUGUAUAUGCAGAAUACGUAUUCCCCUCACUGCAUAUAAGAUACACCUUGCAAGUGUAUAUGCAGAAUACGCACCCCUCUCCCUUCAUAUGAGACACACCUUGUAGGUGUAUAUGCAUAAUAUAUGCCCCCCUCUUGCAUAUGAGACACGCCUUGCAGGUGUAUAUGCAUGAUACGUAUCCCCCUUCCUGCACAUGACAGUUGCAAGUGUAUAAUGUACAAUACUCACCAACUGUAUAUGCAGAAUACGUACCCCUCUUCCUUCAUAUGAGACACACCUUGCAGGUGUAUAUGCAUAAUACGUAACCCCCUCCCUGCAUAUAAGACACAUAUAUGUUUAAUACGUACCCUUCUAACUUCAUAUGAGGCGCACCUUGCGGGUGUAUAUGCAUAAUAUAUAUCCUUUUCCUUGGAUAUCAGCAGAAUGCAUAAAGUAAACUUCAUUACAUAAAUGUGUAUCCCUCUCCCUUCAUAUGGGACACACCUUGCAGGUGUAUAUGCAUAAUACGUACCCCUCUCCCUUCAUAUGGGACACACCUUGCAGGUGUAUAUGCAGAAUACGUACCCCUCUCCCUUCAUAUGGGACACACCUUGCAGGUGUAUAUGCAGAAUACGUACCCCUCUCCCUUCAUAUGGGACACAUCUUGCAGGUGUUAAACAUAGUCUACUUCGUAGAAAUCCUACCCUGCGUGGUAGUAUAGCAAACUAGUUUACAUUUAGUUCUAAAGUACACCGCCAUUUGCCGCCACGUAGACUGAACUCUGUCCUUUAAGUUACGCUUGACAUAACAUCAUUGUAUAUUCUCCGAUACUGUAGCGCUUACUAGCUUCUCAAUACAUCUUCUUUGCUGUUGUCGUACCUUAAGACUAAAUAUACUGCUCAAAAGAACUGAGGGGCAACUCGAUUGUUUCAUAGUGCUAUUGUUAAUCUGUCAUGACAGAAUAGACUGGACCUUAAUUAGACUGACAGAAUGAUAACAGUAAAAUUAGUCGGGUCAUCCUCGAGUUCGUUUGAGCACGAUAUAUGUUCACCUUUGUUUUGAAUAAUCUACUGUCUGCAACAUGUUAUAAGUUUUAUCAAUAUUUGAAAUUGUCUACCCGGUUGGUUGGAGAGAGAAACGCUUUUCGGACUCUUGUGUAAUGAAUACCGAUACCAACCAAAUGAAGGAUUCUGAAAUGUCUGUAUGGAAGCAAAAAUAAGUUUGUAUUGUUGUAGCAUUAAAAUUAGAAUAAAGGUUGUCAGCAGCUUUCCCUUUCAAGUGUU